UCCCCGAAGUAGGCCCGUCAGGCAUCGAGUUUUGUUAUGUAGUUUUGCGACUGGUGGAGAAACCUUUCACACAUUUUAAACACCAAUUCCCAACAAAUUCAAAUGUUUUGCCAACAUUUCGUAUUAGAAUAGUAGCACAAAUAAGUAAGAAGCGGUCGAGGAAUUUCGCGCGGCCUCAAGUGUAUGGACACCCCUUCGCAAUCAACGACCCGAGUUCUCUAUUUUCUAUGUAAAGCGACGAGCUAAAGAAGCAAAAAAAUACCAGAGUAUAAACGCAUAUUGGAAAUUUAAAAAAAAACUGAAGACGAAUAGAACGCAAAUCGCAAGCCAGAUGCGCUGACCAAAAGGACCAGGCCAAUACGAGUCCCAGACAACAACAAAUUAUAAACCAGCCAGCUGUCAGCUAGAGUUCCAAAGAGCUGAACCAGACCCGGUGAUACCGAGCCAUGUGGACGCGCAAAUACAAGCCGCGGCCUUUGCGCCAUUUACCUGUAGUCCAUGAGCAGAUCGUGAUGCAGUGCGCCCGAAACCUUGUCCGGGUGGCAGCUGCUCUGCCGCAGCCCCAGCCUCGAUGUCCAACCGGCCAUAUUCCUGUCCUGGUGGAGCUCCGCCGCACUGACGAUGCAGAAAUCUACCUCUACCAGGUGAACAUAAUGCCCGCUAGUUGGCCCGCUGAUAACUCCUUAGAGGGAGGACAAUCGGACGAACAUCUUCCGAUAGUUGCUCAUGCCGGAUCCAUCAAGGCCUCUAAGCGCCCACCUUGCCCCAUGCAUGGCAAUUCGGUGCCGGAUGCGGCGACUGCCAUCGAAUGCUGGUCUCCGCCAAGUAACAGCAGCAGCACCACCAGCAUCACCAGCUCUGACUCAAGCUUCUUGGCCCCCAUGGUGUUUAGACAGAACUCGAUGCAUGUGGUUAGCGGGAGGAACGAUUCACCCGCCGCCGAGAAUAUCUCCACCUUUUGCGAAGCAGCCGUGUCCGCAGAGGCAACGGAUCCGAUACGAGCACACUUCAUGGCCACCCUCUUCCAGCAGCAACGCAGUCCGCUGUACUACUCCGAGAUAUGGCUACAGGAGGGUUCCAAUCGUCCCAGAGUUCAGAUCCCUCCACCCGGAAACACCACUCGUGCACUGAUGCCGCCCCCGGAAAACAACAGUUUUCAGAUCACUCCACCGGGAAACACCACUCGUGCACUGAUGCCGCCCCCGGAAAACAACAGCAACAAUAUUGGUUCUGUUCGUAGGCCGCGGCCCAUCAACGGAUUGCGGCAGACUGCGGCGGCGACGAUGAAAGACCGCAUGAUCGCCGAACUCUGCUUGGACACCAACGGAGAGUACGUAAAGAACGAGGUCCUACAGACCCCGAUCAACGGCUUUGCCCCAUUUCCAAUAACGCCCGCCGGGCUCCCCAAACUACCUCUGAACAGCAUCAACGGCCAUAGGGGCUCCGGCUAUGUGAGCGAGGAGCACACAGGUGGCGCAAUCAUUAAGAACGGCUUCAUAACCGGGGAACAAAUAUCAGCUUACUCAGAUCAGGACAAGGUUAUGUGGUUGCGCAGUCAUAACACCCAGUUGGGACAGACGCAGGAAACAGGCUCCUACCAGACGAUGGUUCCCCUCCCGGUCCAAUGUCAAGGCCAUAUUCAAAACUCCACCGCCAUGAAUUUCGAGGGAUCUGGAGAUUCCUCGGAAAAAUCACGCCUGGCCAGUGAAACAGAUCCAGCAGCAACCUCGACAGAGCCCAGCGGCCGCUACCCAAUCGAGCUGCGGACCCUGUUUCGCUGGAACUAUUGCAGCCUAUGCCGCACGUCUAUGCGGACCGUACGCAACGCAGUGGAUCACUACUCAUCGCGGGCCCACGACCGGCGGGUCAGCUCCUGGCUAGUGCGCCAGUGCGUCGCCCAGGCGAAAAUAUCAGGCAUAGGCGUGGGGCCAAACGGUGGCGUUGGAGAUGAACUGGGCAUGACCUCUGGCAUUGGACCGGUAGGCGGAUGCCGGAGCACAAGUGUUACCGGCAGUGCAAGGGAUGAGGUGUUGCACUAUCUGAACACCACCCGCCCUGCAGACUUCUACUGCGACCUGUGUGACCUAAAGUUGACGUCCAUGAUGCACGCCCAGCAGCAUUUUUUCGGAAAGCGCCACCGCCUGGUAGCCCAGAACCAGACAAAGCCCAACGGCGGUGGGUACUACGACCUGGAGGGGCGGUGGGUGCGCACCGAUGCCAAGGGGCUGAUGUGCGAACUCUGUGACGUGAGCAUCACCUCGGAGACCCAGAUGGCAUUGCACAUGUCCGGGACACGUCACCAGCGGAUGGUGUACUCGCACUACGCGAAUGGUGGAGGCGGUACCCUGAUCAUGGGCGGAAUUGGAAAUGUCUAUGGAGGUGCUGGUGGCGGAGGUGCCGUUUCUGGUGGAGUUACCUCAUUCAAUGGCAGCCACAUGUAUCGCGUAAAUGCCAACGGGACACUGGCACCCUUUAGCUCGCACGAAGUUCCAGUUUUCAUCAAUCAGACCCCCACCUCCCUGUCUAAGACAUCAGUUACGCCUGCUCUUAAGGCCACUACCAUCUCGGUGCCGAAUCUGUGUUACCUUCCGCCACGCCCUUUUAACGAGCAGAACACCGCCUUCUACUGCGAUGCAUGCAACGUACCGCUGAACCAUCUGAAGUCGGUGAAGCAGCACGAGGACGGGCGGUUGCACCGACGAAAUUUGCAUCGAAGACCCGCAAGAACGGUGAUUCUAAAUUGACUCGUGGCCCUUUGGCCGGUAAGGGGAAGAUACUUUAAAGCUUACAGAUGCAAUAGAACAGAGGGCAGCCACGAGCGGGAAGACGAGCAGAGUGGUGCCAAGCGCGGAUGGUGCUAUAGGGGGACAGAUCCCUGGGCCAGGCCACGCCAACGCCAUGCCCCUAUCAAAGCUGUUUGCUGUUCAGUGUUUUUUUUGCGGUUUAUUUUUGAUCUAUCUCCCUAUCUUUUUAUAUGUUUUCUAAAAGUAAAUGAAAUAAAUUUCUGAAAACCAAAAAAACAUGG